AUGCCAAGAGUCAGCACAGAACUGACCUGGCCCCGAAAGUCAGCUGACUUUGGCAGGCGCAAGUCGGUAGUUCAGCUGGUUCAAGAGAAGAUACAUUUAAUGCGUUUGCGCACAGGCCAUAACGCUGUCUCGCAAAGUAUUACAUCUUCUGGGCAACUUAAAUCGACCCCCACCCCUUCUUCCUCUACUAGAAGCACUGGCGGCGGCAUUGGCGGUGGAACUCGAGGCGGUGGAGACAAUCAUCAUUUAUGUGGCCGUCGAUUCUUUUCAAGUUCAGGCAACACUUUAUGUGGUGUUGGGGGAAGUGGCGCUGAGGUGGAAAACAGCAGUCAAAAUAAUCGGUCAGCAGAAAACGAAAUGGUGAACAUGGAGGCGAUACCAAUUUUACCAGAGCAGAGCCAAAUUAAAAGGAGUUGGUUUCACUUUUCACCGCCCGUUGGAUCUGGAGAAUCGGGGCCACUUUCAGGAGUCUCUCUUAGCGGACCGCGCGUCAUCGUUACGCCAGCAAGCGAUGAUCCACCAAUUAAGACGCUUUCAGAACCGCUUCUCUCUCAUACAAGUAGACAUGGGCAUCCACAUAAAAUCACUCACUCAAAUCAGAUAAUCACCCACCAUCAUCAUCGUAAACAUCAUUCGCAUCGACCAAGGUCCAACAGUCGGCCUGGGGCCCUUGCUAGCUUAGCAGGAAGUGGUAGCAACGAUUCUUCAGAUCAAGAGGAUGCACCAUCAGGAGGUAUCCAAAAUUCCAUCGUAUCGGGUCAAACCGGCGGAUUAAAUACAUUGGCUGAAGAAUUGGAAUCGGCGCACGAAGAGGAGGCAGAAAGCGCUGAAGAUUUAAAUCAGUUUCUAUCUAAUCUAAAACAGGGUAAAUUGAAGACAGGAAAGUAUGAUGAUAUAAUCAUAAACUCGGAAAAUUCGCAUUUUUUGAAAUCCGAUGAUACAAUCCCGAUAAAGGAGGGGCAAAUUAAUGAAAAGACUUUGGAUAAUAAUUCCUCCCUGCUAAAAUUCGAAGGUUUUGGUCUCUUAUGCUGCAAUGAUACUAGAGCUACACUGUUGAAGACUCCUGAAAAGUCUACCGCCGACCCUAAGGAUUUGAGUUCAGAAGAGAUUUCACAGGAUUUGGAAAUGCACAAUCCUAGUCAAAUUGGAGAUAAUGCAGUAGAGCUAAAGCAUUUGGAUGAGGAAAAUAUGUCUUGUGUGGCUAGUUCCUCCUGCAUGCCCGUCACGGGUGAAAAUAAGAGAACGGUGACAAGGUUUUCAACUUCCAUAGGAGCACUGCCUGCUGGAGCA